AUGAUAGAUUUUACUGCACCAUUAAUUAAUUUACGUAAUUUACCAGCUUUACCACCUCCAUCAUCUCAGUCAUCGCAAAGCCAAAACGCGUCAUCAGAUAAAUUGCCAAGAGAAAAAGACAAAAUCAUUCAAACACCUUCAUUUUCCGAAGAUAUCUCUGAAAUUCAACGAAAUAUCAAGGACGAUGAAGACGAUAUACAAGUUCACGUUCAUUAUCAUCAAAAUCUCGAAAUUUUAGAAAGAAGAAUCCGAAACAAAUCAGUUGGCAUAGAUUGCACUACAGAAUGCAUCGCAGACCUUUAUGGAACAAUGGAAGGAUUCAUAAUUUCAAAAGAUGAAAUUAAAAUUCUUGAUUCUUAUAAUGAUAAUUUUGAUACAUACAAAAUUCCUGAUUUUUGGGAGCCAAGAGUUUAUGACCCUGAAGAAGAAAAGCUUUCUCAUGCAGAAUCUAAUCAGCUUAAAGAUAAAAUCGAAAAAGCAAUGGAAAUAAUCUUUCAAAAAAAGAUUGGACACAAUGAUAGUAAACAAAUCAUUAAUAUUUCAGAUAGUGAUGAUGAGACAAGCAAAAAUGAGUAUAACGAGCUUUGGUAUCUUCCUCAUCCUCCUGUCAAAGGAUAUCGUCGCUCAAUAUAUCGCUCUCCUUAUGUUAUACAAUGGAGAACUGCAAAUUAUCUUACAGAUGAUUCAGAAGAUGAAACAGACGUCGAAGAUUUUCAAUUAUAA